AUGAUGAUGCAAAUUGAACAGCAAUAUUUGAAUUUAAACGAUGUUCGAAUGAGUCAAUCAACAGAAGCGACAGUAGCGCCACCACCAGUUGUAAUUUGUCCAACCGAAGUGGACAAUGUUAAUAUAACAUUAGAGAAGAAUCAGCAAUGUGCAUGCAAAGAUUGCGGUAAAUUAUUCAAUUCGGUAUGGUAUCUUAAACAACACGCAGUAAAGCAUUCCAAUGAUCGACCAUUUAAAUGCAAAUUUUGUUAUAAGACUUACAAAUUUCGAUCAAAUCUGUAUCAGCAUAAAUGUCCGGAUCGCACCAAAAAUGGCAAUUUACCAUUUAACAAACGUUUGAUGUAUCGUUUAACAGUUAAUCAGUCAAAUCUGUUUGACACACGAGAAUUGUCGUUGCAGCAAACGUCGGAAAGGUUUGCUCAAUCCGAUUUUGGCAAUUUUUUUAGUAGUAAUCGACGAUCAAAUUUCACCAUAUCAAGUAAACCAAUUGAGCAACAUAUUGAAUCAAUUGAUAUUCCAAUUGAAGCAAUUACAUCCGAAGUAUUAGCAGUAAAACAAACUGAAUUGCAUGAACCAAUUGCGCCAAAACGGUUUUUAGAGCAAACUGUUAUCGAUAAUUACUUACAAAAAUAUAGGAAUAAGCUCUAUCAAUGUCGCAAAUGCAAAUUACAAUUUCCAACACGUGGCUAUCUUAGUCGACAUAAUGCUCAACAUAAUGAAUUAGAACAAUUAUCGUUACAAUGUGAAAUGUGUCCACAACGUUUUUUCAAUGAUUUUGAAUUAAGAAGGCAUAUAGAAUUACAUUCCAAAGAUUCUGGUAUAUUAUGCAAAAAAUGUUGCGCAUCUUUUAGAUCAAUGUUGGCAUUACGACGACAUCGAAAUCAAUCACGACAAUGUAUGUCAUCAAUUAGCUUUAAUAAUCAAAAUAUCGAUGAAUAUGCAUAUAUUGAUGCAAUUGAUGCAGAAGCACAAAUGAGUUCUGUAACAACGGAAAUUAUAAGUGAUAAUUUCGAUGAAGAAAGAUCAUUUAUUGCAAAUGAUAAAAAUGAUGAUUGCGGUGGUGGUGGUGCAAGUAGUAGCGCUGAUUGUUAUCAGCAUUUCUCAUCAAAUUUUACAAGAUCAGAAGAUCAUAAUAAUGAAAGUGAUACAUUAAUUUAUGAAAAUGGAACAAAACGUACAAUUACGACGGUAAAAAUUAAACUUGGCUCAACAUCUAUUGUCUCAAUAAUGAAAAAGAAUGAUGAGAGUAAUAAUGAUAAGCAAUCAUUGAAUAAAAAUAGGAUGUUAUAUCCAGAAUUGAAUGAUAUGGAAGCAACAAAUUCGGAAAUGAUAUUAGAAGAGGAACCAAAAAGACAAUUAUCUUAUGAUAGUGUUAUUUCUCAUCUUUCUACAAAUCGCUAUAAUAGUUAUAUUAGUUCUGAACGAAUUAUCAGUAGUCAUCAUUCAGGAGUAAGCGGUGGUAGUAGUAGUAGCAGCAGUAGUAGUAGCGGUGGUGGCGGUGGUGGUAGCAGUGGCAGUAGUGCUACCAGUAAUAAUACACAAACAAAUGGCGGUGUUGGUGGUGGCGCUACUGCUAGCGGUGAAUCAAAUUUUGCAACUUUCACAUUCGAUAAUUUUCUAUCAAAUAAUGCUGGCAGUAAUGUUUAUGAUAGUUUGAUGUUAGAAGGCGGUCGACCGCUAAUUCUACAUUCUCAUAUACAUGCAACCAAAGUUGAAGCUAUAUCACAACCAGUUGUUGAUUUGAUUGGUUGUACAACACAAGCAAUUCGAGAUGAAAUUAAUCUCUGUGAAACAUUAUUUACCGUACGAACAUACUUUCUAAGGAAAAUUGCUGUAUAUAUUGUUUAUAUAACAGUGCUGCAAGCUGUGGAAUUUUUCAAUUCAAUUAUCGGAAGGCAAAAAAAGCUAAACAGGAAUUUAUUAGUAGGUACUGCUGCUUCGGCAGCCGUACAGCAAACAUCGACAGCAAAUUGCUUGAAAACGACACAGUCUAUGAGCAAGUAUUCGGAUACCGUAGCGGGAAAUGAAUCCGUUUUAAUGCAAAAUCGAUUUUGA